AUGACUGGUACACGCCCAAUCCGAAAGGAAGCCUGUACUCUGAUCAAGUCAUUUGCUAACCCCAAAAAGAUGCUCCGUAUAGAAAACUGGAAUGUUAGGACAAUGUACAGCGUGGGAAAAACAGCCCAAGUAGUUAAGGAGAUGCAAAGGUACAACUUGGAUAUCCUGGGCAUUAGUGAAUGCCGAUGGUCUGGCUCUGGACGGCUAAAGACACAGACUGGCGAAACUAUUCUGCAUUCGAGAAGAGAUGAUAACAUACACCAAAGUGGCGUUGCACUUGUGAUGACAAAAGAAACAGCUGGUUGCUUAGAGAGCUGGAUGCCAGUUAGUGAUAGAAUUAUGACUGCACGAUUCACUUCAAGAUACAUCAAAACGACAGUGGUUCAAGUAUAUGCACCAACAAAUGAGGCAGACGAAGAGACAAAGGAUAGCUUUUACGAUAUGUUACAGAAGGUCACUGGCGAGACUCCAAGGCAUGACAUGAUUAUGAUGAUGGGCGACUGGAACGCUAAGAUCGGGGCCAAGCAGAAGGGGAAGAUGGUGUGGUGGGGCGACAUGGGCUUGGAGAUGAGCGGUCAGAAAAUGGUGUUCGUUUUGUUUCCUUUUGUGCAGCUAACAACCUAG